GACUCCGCGACAUCAUCGUCACAACCAUCACAAGCCACGAUCAAUACCGCAGGGCUGUGUCCGUUGCUCCCCAAUCCUGGCGCUGUUGUUGAUCAAUUGAUCUACUUUUGGAUAAAGAUAUUCCCCGGCAAUGAUUUGAAAGAGGUGGCGUGACAAAUGGCUACAGUGCGAAUCUGCGUCUGCGGAGAUGAGGGGACGGGCAAAUCCAGCCUGAUUACCUCGCUCGUCAAAGGCGUAUUCGUCACCCACAAGAUCCAGCCUAUCCUACCCCAGAUUACGAUCCCUCCGACGAUCGGAACCCCGGAGAAUGUCACGACGACCACCGUGGUGGAUACCUCUGCCUUGCCUCAGGAACGAAGCAAUCUGGGCCGGGAGAUCCGGAAGGCCAAUGUGAUCCUGCUAGUAUACUCGGACCAUUACAGCUAUGAGAGGGUUGCUCUCUUCUGGCUGCCGUAUUUCCGGUCCCUGGGGGUCAAUGUGCCCGUGGUGCUGUGCGCCAACAAAUCCGACCUGGCCGUCGGUCACAGUGAGGCCCAGGUCAUUGAGGAGGAAAUGCUGCCGUUGAUGGCGGAGUUUAAGGAGAUUGACUCGUGUAUUCGCACGAGCGCUCGUGAACAUCGCAAUGUGAACGAGGCCUUCUUCCUCUGCCAGAAAGCUGUCACCCAUCCCAUCGCGCCGUUGUUCGACACCAAGGAGUCGUCCUUGAAGCCGGCUGCCAUCGCAGCGCUGCAACGCAUCUUCUACUUGAACGAUAAGGACCGCGACGGUUACCUUUCGGAUAAAGAGAUCAAGGACUUUCAAAUGAGGUGCUUCGAAAAGGCGUUGAGUGAAGAGGAUCUGAUUCACAUCAAGGAUACUAUCCUGAAGACACACCCGACGUCGGUGACGCCGUCAGGCAUCGAUUGCCCUGGAUUCAUACAACUCAACAGACUGUACGCGGAGAAGGGACGCCACGAGACCGUCUGGAUCAUCCUGCGCGCGUAUCAAUACACGGACAAUCUCUCUUUACAGGAGAGCUUCCUCCAUCCCAGAUUCGAAGUUCCUCCCUUCGCAUCCGCGGAACUGUCGCCGGAGGGAUACCGCUUCUUCGUGAACCUCUUCCUCCUCUCCGACAAGGACAAUGAUGGCGGGCUCAAUGAUGCCGAGCUAGCCUCGCUGUUUGCCCCGACACCGGGCCUGCCCGCUUCGUGGGCCGACGGUUCUUUCCCUUCCUCUACUGUGCGAAACGAGGCUGGCCAUGUCACCCUGCAAGGCUGGCUCGCACAAUGGAGCAUGACCACCUUCCAGUCGCCGAAGGAGACAUUGGAGUAUCUUGCCUACUUGGGAUUUGAGUCAGCCGACCGGAGCAAUCAGUCGACGACGGCCGCGUUAAAAGUGACUCGGCCACGCAAGCGGCGGAGGCGUCCCGGGAGGGUUGGACGCAACGUCGUUCUUGGACACGCUCUGGGCGCGCCGGGGUCUGGAAAGUCGGCCCUCCUCGAUGCCUUUCUCUCGCGUGGCUUCAGCACGACGUAUCACCCCACCAUCCAACCUCGCACGGCGGUCAAUACUGUCGAACUGCCGGGCGGUAAACAGUGCUAUCUGAUCCUGGAUGAGUUGGGCGAACUGGAACCAGCUAUCCUGGAGAACCAAGCGAAAUUGCUGGAUCAAUGCGACGUGAUCGUGUACACUUAUGACUCGUCGGAUCCGGAUUCUUUCGCGUAUAUCCCCGCUCUACGGUCGAAAUACCCGCACCUUGAAGAGCUCCCGAGCGUAUUCAUCGCUCUCAAGGCGGACUUGGACCGGACGACCCAGCGAGCCGAGUACCAACCGCACGAAUACACGGCCAUGCUGAACAUGUCCAGCCCACCUCUCCAUGUCAGCGCGACGUGGAGUUCCAUUCAGGAGGUCUUUGUGCACAUUGCGGAAGCAGCCAUGGAACCCAGCACGGCGUUCCCCCGGAGCGAGGAAGACGACGAAGGCAAAUGGAUGUCUUGGGGGAUUGCCUUGGGGGCUGUGGUCUGCGCCGGGGCCGCGGCGGUGAUGAUCUGGCGCCGAACUCGCUGCCUAGAUCAAAUCUACGGCAUUAACGCUCAACGCGGUAUCCUUCAGCGCAAGCCCGCCUGGAGUAGCACCGUCGGUGGUGCCACUCUCGGGGGGAUAAUCACUGCGGCACCGUUGCGCCGCUACGCGCCCGACCUGUUCUGCCCAUACUCCGUGGCAUUCACCAUAUUCCUACGGUCGCGGAACGUUCUUCCGCCGCCGCCGCCUCGCUAUACUAUCCCAAUCGCCUAUGCAGCUGGGGCAUCAAAUGGCAUGCCCGUCCCGGUCGUGGAGACCAACAAUGUGAUCCGCCACCCGGAAGGCGGGUGUUCAUUGCAGGUCGGAGAAGGAACAUAUCACCUCAAAGACGACCUCCACCUGGCGACCCCGCCCCCGCAUCCUUCCGAAGCACCGAUCAUAAACCCAAAUCCGCUCCAGACUGUCCCGACUCCACCCACAUCCGGUGUUAAGCUGUCGUUAGUGAGCCUUGGCCAGCGGGUGAAGACGCCCGUGUUCAAGCUGAAAGAAAACGGGCAUACACCUCUAUUUGGCGAAGGAAAUCCCGCUCUGGCGUCCCCGCCUGUGAAGGAAGGCGUCAAGCGAAGGAAACCGAAAAACAACAUCGUCAAGAGCAGCUCAUCGUUCGUCUCCCGAGUGAUCACCCACGAAGCGGUGUCCAAACGAUUGAACGACCGGAACCCGGACGGUAUAUUCGCUUUCGCGAACAUCAAUCGCGCAUUCCAGUGGCUGGACGUCAGUUCCAAGAACAAGGAGGAACCGCUUGCAAAGAUCCUCUUCACAAAAGCACAUAUACUCAGCCACGACGUGAACGAUUUGACCAAAAACCCGUCGCACAUCGAUGUCGUCAUGGGAUCGUCCGCCGGCGAUAUCAUUUGGUACGAGCCCAUCUCGCAGAAAUACGCGCGGAUCAACAAGAAUGGGAUCGUCAACGGGACCUCGGUCACCCAUAUCAGAUGGAUUCCGGGCUCUGAGAACCUUUUCGUCGCGGCGCACGCCAAUGGGCAGCUCGUGGUGUAUGAUAAAGAAAAGGAGGAUGCGCCGUUCACGCCUGAAAUCAACCAUCCCUCCGCAGAGACCGGUCAACUCCCACUGCAGGUGUUGAAGUCAGUCAACUCCAGAAACCAGAAGACGAAUCCGGUUGCGGUGUGGAAGCUGGCGAAGCAAAAGAUUACCCAGUUUGCCUUUUCCCCCGAUCACCGACAUGUGGCCAUCGUUCUGGAGGAUGGGUCUCUCCGGGUGAUGGAUUAUUUGAAGGAAGAGGUUACUGAUAUCUUUCGGAGCUACUACGGCGGUUUGAUCUGCGUUUGCUGGUCACCCGACGGCAAGUACAUCGUGACGGGCGGACAAGACGAUCUCGUGACAAUUUGGUCGCUCCGAGAACGCAAGAUCGUUGCGCGAUGCCAAGGUCAUAACUCGUGGGUAUCCACGGUAGCGUUCGACCCAUGGCGAUGCGACGAGCGAACGUACCGAUUUGGCAGUGUCGGCGACGAUUGCCGUCUUCUCCUCUGGGAUUUCAGCGUGGGCAUGCUUCAUCGCCCGAGGGCACACCAAGCCAGCGCUCGCCAACGCACCAGUCUAAUCGCACCCCUACCGCACACCAACCGCCACCGGGCCGACAGCGCCGGCAACCGGAUACGGUCCGAUUCCCAACGAACGGCGGACACCGACGGAGACUACGAUCAUGCCGUCCGGCAUCCUGUGGAACCCAGGGCACGGACCGCCCUAUUGCCCCCGAUCAUGUCCAAAAUCGUCGGCGAAGACCCAAUCUGCUGGCUAGGCUUCCAAGAAGACUCAAUCAUGACCUCUUCUCUCGAAGGCCACAUCCGCACCUGGGACCGACCCCGAGAAGGCAUCAACGAUAGUUACAACGCCCACGCCUCGUCAUCGGCCAUUAGUGCCAGCGUUGCGGGCUCCGGAUCCGGCCGGGGAGGCUCAACGAUGGGGUCGUUGUGAAGUUAGGUUAGCCCGGCACUGACUUCUUUCUUUCAGUGGGAGGGAGGGAUGCGCCUGUAGAUAUGAAUGAGCUUUGUGUGUUCUGAUAUACCCAUUGAACGUGAUAUGUUUUGUUUUGUUUUGUUUUGUUAUGUUUUGAGUAUUAUUGUUGUUGUUGCUUUACCUUUUUUGUUGUCUUUCUCUUCCAGUAUGCGUUCUGUUGUGUCCAGCGCUGUUAUCCAUACUUCAUACCACGAUAUAUCUAUUACCAAUAUAUUUAACAAACCAAGGUUGGAAAAAAG